UAUAAUCCACGCCAACCUCUCCUCGCUUCCUUCGUCCCCAAAAAUCCCCAACUCUCUCUCUCUGCGGAUCUCCCCUCUAUCUACUCCUCCAAGGCUUGGACUCCUCGCCGAGAGCAAAAUGACGAAAUUACCCCUCGUCCCUCUCGUCAUCGCCGCCCUGGUGGCGGCGCUGGUGUCCCCGACCGCCGCGGAGAUCAAGAGCCUCACGAUCUCCUCCGACAACCGCCCCAUGAUCCUCUUCGAGAAGUUCGGGUUCACCCACAGCGGUCACGUGACCAUCCGGCUCUCUCACGUGUCCGUCACCUCCAAGCUCAGCAACAUCGACAUCGACCCGUCGCGCCUAGGCUUCUUCCUCCUCUCCGAAGAGUCCCUCCUGCAAGUCCUCGUCGAGAUCCAGCAGAACCCUCAGCUCUGCGUUUUGGAUUCGCGCUACAUAACCCAUCUCUUCAAUUUCAGAGAGCUCUCGCCGUCGCCUCUCUCCUCGCUCAACAAGUCGUACCCGGUCUCUGCUCCGAACGAGUACAGCCUCUUCUUCGCCAAUUGCGCUCCGGAGACCACCGUUUCCAUGCUUGUACGGACGGAAGUCUACAAUCUCGACCCAGAUGGUGCGUUUGACUAUUUGUCGGCCGGGUUGACCCAUCUUCCUUCUCUGUUCUUCGUUUUCUUUUUGGCCUAUUUGGUGUUUGUGGGCUUCUGGGUCUACCUCUGUUUCACCAACAAGAGAUCCGUGCACCGGAUCCAUCUUUUGAUGGGUGGGCUGCUUCUGAUGAAGGCGUUGAAUCUGAUUUCCGCGGCGGAGGACAAGCACUAUGUCAAGGUCACCGGUACCGCCCACGGAUGGGAUGUGUUGUUCUACAUCUUCCAGUUCCUCCGUGUCGUUUUGUUGUUUACGGUGAUCGUUUUGAUCGGGACCGGGUGGUCGUUUUUGAAGCCCUUCUUGCAGGAGAAGGAGAAGAAGGUGUUGAUGAUUGUGAUCCCUCUGCAGGUCUUGGCCAACGUGGCGUCCGUUGUGAUUGGGGAAACUGGGCCGUUUAUCAAGGACUGGGUCACAUGGAACCAGGUGUUUUUGUUGGUUGAUAUCAUUUGCUGCUGUGCUAUCAUAUUCCCCAUCGUUUGGUCCAUUAGGUCUCUCAGAGAGACGUCGAAAACCGACGGAAAAGCUGCAAGAAACUUGGCCAAGUUGACCCUUUUCAGGCAAUUUUACAUUGUCGUUAUUGGGUACUUGUAUUUCACAAGAAUCGUAGUUUUCGCGCUUAAGACCAUUGCAGCUUAUAAGUACCAGUGGGUGAGCAAUGCGGCUGAGGAGAGUGCAAGUCUAGUGUUUUACAUGGUCAUGUUCUAUAUGUUUAGGCCGGUGGAGAGGAACGAGUACUUUAUUCUUGACGAGGAGGAAGAAGAGGCUGCUGAGAUGGCUCUUAGGGACGAGGAGUUUGAGCUUUGAAUUGGGUAGUGUUCAUUUUUUGCUGCCCAUCUAUAUUUGACUAUGUUGCUGCUGAUGCUGCCCGUGCAAUAUUUUGAGUUCCGCUUAUCGGAUUUACUGAUAGAAUUAAUGAUGGGUCAGGUCUGCUGCUCCUACUCUGUUGCCUCUUUUGUUUUCCUUUCAAUUGUAUUAUUGUUCUUUUACAUGUUAUAAGAAGUUUUCUGUUUUAAGAUACUCUGCCUCGUAGUUUUUGUUUGA